AUGCAAUUCUGGACAAUCAUCUUGGCAGCCGUGGUCGCCGCCCCGGCCCUCGGUGCACACAACAUUGCGGACACGGUGUCGAAAAUCCAAAGCCUGGGCAACGACGUGGACAGUGUUCAGAGAGCUCUCGAUUCCUAUAAUGGGGGCACAUUGCGCGCUCUACCGGUGGCAAACGCGAUUUACAAUGCCCAUAUGUCAGCUGAGGAUGCGCGCAAAGAUUUGGGCAAUUCCGACCCGUUCAACACCGACGAAGGGUCUCAGCUUUUGGAUGCAUACCACGAAAUUCACCCUCGGCUUGCUAGUGUCCUUAGCACUGGAUCUGCAAAGGUAGCACCGCAGUUCAAGCAGGCAGGCGUCGGAUAUGUCGCCCGCUCAAUGCUAAGCAACCUUUACAUCGAGAAGAACAGCUUUGAUGAUCAGAUGAAAACCGUGCUAUCCCCUGAGCAUUAUAGAAUGGUGGAGCCACAAGCUCAGGAAAUCGACCGCGAGUUCAAGAACACCCUAGAUGCGUAUUCUUGA